AUGCGGACGGUGAUAUUAUGCUUAAUCUUGAGCGUUGGGUGCAUCGGAAUGGCUUCAGCUGGUGAGUUUUCACUUUUAAGAAUAAAGGCCAGACAUCUUGGUGAAACUGCAUCAAUUUAAUACCAUACUAUUACAUCCUGACCCUUAAUUUUCAGCCUCCAUUUACAUCGACUCAAAUCGGCCAGACUACGAGGAGAAUCUGCAGAAAGUAUAUGACAAUCGGCUUCAACCUUAUGCAAUCGAAUAUCUCGCAAAACGAGCUGCUCUACCGUAUUCCGGAGGUAUAUAUGGGAAGAGAGCAGCCCUUCCUUACUCGGGUGGAAUCUAUGGAAAACGCGCUUCGGUCCCUUUCUCGGGCGGAAUCUACGGCAAACGGAGUGUAGAUGAGGCGCCAGUGGAUCAUGUGAAUGGCAUCAGUAUCCGUGCUAUGCCCAUCAACGGCGGCUUCUAUGGGUGA